AUGAGUGCGGACUAUUUUUUGUAUAAAAGGAGAGCGUUUUUAACUCAUUCCCUUCAUUGGAGCCAGAUUUCCACGCCAUUUUUCUGCCGGUCUACAUCUAUUUCACCAAGGCUUCUGAGGAAAAAUACAAUGACUCCGAACUCAACUAGGAGGACGGCCGCUAGUAAGGCUAUCAUUACCAUGACAACAUUACUGGUAUUUUGUACCCUAAUAAAAACCAGGUUUGAUGCCAGUCACUUAACGGAUUCUGAUUACAGGGGAUCGCAGGAAACAGGUGCGCAAGGUAAUUAUUGUUGGACGCCUCAAACUCUUGAAACAUCUGAAGUGAACUCAAGUAUAUACGAGCAGAUUAAGGAAACUUUGUCAGAGGCCAAAUACCAAGCAAAGAGUAUUUCAAGAUUUCAGAGUGCUAUUCAGGUUGAUACCCAGGUCAAUGAUGAUUUUAGCAGUGUCGACAAGGAAGAGCGUUGGUCCAAAUUUAACGAAUUUUCAGUUUUCCUAGCCAAGGAAUUCCCUUUAGUUCACCAGAGUCUCUCACUUGAAAGGGUUAAUAGUCAUGGAUUAUUAUAUUCGUGGAUCCCUACGCAGGGGCGAGAGGACUGUCCAUCUGCCGCGAAACCAUUUCUUUUAAUGGCUCAUCAAGAUACUGUUUCGGUCUCAAAUAAAAGCUUGAGUGACUGGAAAUUCAAUCCAUUCGAAGGCCAUAUUGAUGAAAAUGGCAUCAUGUAUGGGCGUGGUGUUCACGACGAUAAGAACUCUUUAAUAUCAAUACUUGAGGCAGCUGAACUCUUGUUGCAAAACGGUUUUUCGCCCAAUCGACCAGCUAUUUUCGCUUUUGGAUUUGACGAGGAAGUAAGCGGCCAAAGAGGGGCGUUACAAAUCUCUAAAUUCCUGGAGGAGAGAUACGGCCGAGAUGGACUGGAGUUCAUUCUGGACGAAGGGCCGGGGAUAACCGUGCCAGUUGCAUCUGGAAGUAACGCUGCCUAUGCGACCGUGGCAACUUCUGAAAAGGGCUACUUAGACGUUUCGAUUGAGGCGAAAGCUCCCGGGGGACAUUCAUCAUUGGCAGGAAAGCACUCGCUCAUAGGAAUGGUUGCAGAAAUGGUCACAUCAUUAGAAAACACAGAACCUUUCUUGGCAAGGGUGUCUAAAAACAACCCAGUAUUGGACUACCUAUCUUGCAAAGACUUUGAUGAUCAGCGCAUUUCAGUUUUGAUUGAAAAAAUCAGGAAAGGUGAUGCCGAAGCUGAAUUUGAACUUGGUACACUGCUUCAAAAUACGACUCUUGCUCCGCUGGUGCUAACCUCUCAAGGAAUAGACUUGAUCUCAGGAGGACAAAAGAUAAACGCUCUUCCAGAAAGAGUAUCCGUGGGAAUCAACUACCGUUUGAUACCUGGUACAAGCCUAAAGGAAGUCAAACGACGCGUUGCCGCUAUAUUAGAACCCAUUGGCGUCAAGUACGGCAUGCACUGCUCUUUCUUCAGUCCUGAAAAAGAUGUCAGCUCUUUCGAUAGAUACCUGCGCGUAUCGCAAAUUGGAAAAGCGUUAGAGCCCGCCCAAACGUCACCACAAAAUUCCACGGCUUUUUCUGUUGUAUUUGGCACUGUGAGCUCAGCUCUAGGGCCCUUUUACAGCGACGUGAUGCACGUUAAGACUUUACGCGUAGUGCCAUCCCUGAUGGCAGGGAAUACGGACACCCGCCAUUAUUGGAAUUUGACUAGAAAUCUCUUCCGCUUCCGACCAACUCGAAUUGACUCACAAAACAACGCAGGACACACAACCAAUGAGCACCUGUACGCAAAAGAUCACUACGCUUCCGUUCAGUUUUAUGCCUCUCUGAUACUAAACGCUAGUGAUAUGUGA